UGCCUGAUCGUGCCCCCAUGCCCUUGAUAGAGUAGCCGUCUCCUUGGUCAGGGAAAGUCAUUUGCCAGGAAUGCAGCCUCAGAAUGGGGCCCUGUGUUUGCAGUGGCUGAACUUCAGGGGCACAGGGUGGGGAGUUCUGCUGUUCAUAUGGCACCAGGGAGUGGAGAAUUUGAAAUCUGGUUUGCUCUGGAAAACCCAGGAUGUGUGACUAUGUGCAAGGGAGAUCCCAGCCCGUGUCCAACCUCCCCCACCUUCUGCCUGCUCUCCCAGGGGGACCAAGCCCUCCCCAGCAGGGAUCUCUGGGCAGCUGUCAAGUCUGUGCCCCAAGCUUUGCAAUGCCCCUGGUCUAGGACAGGUGGGAGGACUGCAGCUCUGGCCCCCUGGCCUAAAUCUAGAGAGACAGCUAGAUGCCCUCUCUUCCUCCAGCCCCUCUGCCUUCACCCACCACUGGAGUGAAGUCACUGAAAAGUAAAAUACUCCAGCUCUUUGUAUGUGCCAGUAUUCUGAACACUUCAUACGACGUGCAUCGUCUAAUCUUUUCACUAGUCCUAUACGGUGCAGUUCUCCCCAUUUCAUAGAUGGAAACAAUGAGGCACAGUAAUUCUCCCAAGGUCACGCAUCUAGUCAGUAGUAGAGCCAGGUUCUGAACCAGCAGGCUUCUGAACCCGUCCUCUGCCCUAUCCCGUGAAUCCUAGGUUGGUAGAGGCCCUAGGACAUUAGGUUGGGCAUCAAAUGCCCAUGCAAAUGAGGAGCAGGAGAGUGCUGCUUUCUUGGCUCAGAACCCCUGGCUUAUUUGAGAUUCGCUGAUGCUUUUGACCUCACACCCCUCCGGCUGCUAAAUUCAGCUGCUUUUUCCUCUUUGGGAUCUAGCACACACCCUUCCUCUUUCUUCCUGACAUCUUCCUGGCUGCCUCCCCGACUUCCCUUCCUGAGAGUCACAGAAAUGUUAUCUCCUCCUGUCCCUGUCCCUUAGACUUAGGGGACCUCCCUGAAAGUCUUCUCCCUCUACCGUGCAGUCUGCUCUCAGUGCCCUGCACUGUCUCACCUUCCCCGCAGCUGGGCCGGCAGCUGGGCCUGUCUCUCCUCUGCCUUGCCCAUUGGGCAGCUGCUCUGCGGGGUUGGUCGUGUGCCCGGCGCCCUGCAGGACAACCUGGGGGAGAGGACGCUUGACUUCUUCCGUGCCACACUGCUCCAUCGGAGCCAGCCCACGUAUUUGGAUUAGCCUCUGCCCUGUCCUUUGGCCCACAUUCCUGCUCCCUUUCCAGUAGUACAGCUGCACCCAGGACCCCCCCUCCUAGUUGUCCUUUCAGUCAAGGAAGGAAGGGACUGCGACUCGCUGGCCAGGGGCCCGGCGGCACUUCCAGGGCUGGGCUCUGCACACGUCACAUGGCAGGUCCUCAGGCCCCUGCUCUGGACUCUCAGUGCUCGGUCAUUCCUGCCCCUCGGUCCCCCCAACAUGCGCAGUCCUCCCUGUCCUAACACCCCUGUCGUGUCCCGGCCAAACUUCCCCGAAUAGAAGGAAGUGGCCGCGUCCUCCAGCUCCUGCUCCAUUCCUUGAGCCCCCCAAGUCUGCCCACCACCCUCCUCCCUCUGAGAGCCCCAGGGCUUUCUGCCUGUCUCGGCUUCUUCCCGCUGUCUGUGCCUCUGCUGUGGCUUGGCUCGCUGGGAACUGACCGUGCUCUCCUUCCCACGUGCUCUCCGGCCACUCCUGAGGACCCUGCGUGUGCCCGGCACGCCUGCCACCUCUGACCUUCCUUCUCCAGCUUCCCACCCCCAGAGCGAGCUCUGACCCUCCUAGCUGUCCCUCCUCUUGCUCAGCCUUUGGCGACUGACUCCCACCUGUGGCAUCGGUGGCCCUAUUUACCUCUGAGUCUUGGUGUCCAGCCCUGACCUCUCUUCUGGGCGUCAGUCCCAGCUUUUGUGUGUGUGUGUGUGUGUGUGUGUGUGUGUGUGUUUCAGGAUGUUCACCCAACAGGCCAUCUCGGAACUCUGGGUCUGGGCGCACCCGGGCCGGCUGCGCGGGGCUGCCACGACCAACGUGCCUGCGCUCUGCCCUGUCUGCUGCCCGGCAGGAAGUGGUCGCUGCAGUGAGGAACGGGAUAGGGUCCGCAGCCCAGGUGGCUCCACUAGGAAGUUCCUUGGGUGCCCCCAACUCAGUCAAAACCAAAAGCAAGCCCCAUGUUGCCUCUCCAAGCUGGUUUCUCGUUUUCUGCAGAUGGCGUCACUGCCUGAGUCUGGGACAGUAGCUCAAUCACCUUAAGUGCUCUCAAGGCUGCUUUGCACGUAGUAGGUGCUCAGUAAACCCUUAUGCAGUGGAUGCUUGGACUCUGUUGUGUUCAUUUGUUCAGUUCAUGAGGGACCCGUGGGGCUUUCUGUCCUCAACCAGUGCCCCCCAUUCCCCAUGCCACCUGGCACCUGGCACGUACCUCCCGCCUCCCGGAAUCCUGUUCAGAUUGUGAGGGUGUUUUGAAGCCUUUAUCUCCCUUCUGACCGGGAGCUGUGAGGCCACAUCCCUGCUGAUCAAAGAGGUCCCCUGACAGGUGCCUGGCAUAUAGUAGGUAUUUGUAUGUAAUUAUUAAGUGAAGGCUGGGCGAAUCUUUGUACCUGAACACCUAGCACGGUGCCUGGCGCUUCCUGGGCACAGAGUGAAGGCCAGUGGAGUGUGUGAAUGGGCUGACUUUAAGAGGACGUUGCUGUGUCCCGCCCUCAGGGAAAUGUUAGUAUUCAGGGCCUCAGCUGCUUGGCGGGCAGGGCUGGGGUAGAGGAGCCUGAAGCCCAAGGGUUAAGCACGUGGUUAGGUGCAGUUAGAAAAAUAAGGUGUCUUGAAGAAAAAGGAUCAGACUUACCGGGAUGCUGCCGACUCCUCCAUGUGGGGCUGUGACCCAGGCGUGUCUUCAUGCUGCCAGGCUCAGGGAGGGGAGGCUCAGGGAGGGGAGGCUCAGGGAGGAGAGGCUCAGGUGUGGGGUCUCCACAGGGCGCCGCAGACACACCUGCCAUGCUCCCGGCCCACUUCCAGGCCUCCCUGUUUGGUUACAGACUCCAUCAAGUGGGUGCAGGCCCCAUCUCAUCCUGUGCCCCCGGGGUCCCUGGGGGCCACCGCAGCUGGCUCUGCAGCCUUGGGGGCCGGGUGUCCUUCCAGGCGGCCGGCUCUGCCAGGCGCGUCCUCAAGCUGGUCUCCCCUUGUUCUCUCCGCAGGCUGCCCGGCGCCCCGAGGAGGCCGCUGAGCCCCGGGCCAUGGUCCCCUCUCGCAGGACGUGGAACCUGGGAGCCACGCCCUCGCUGCGGGGCCUGUGGAGAGUGGGCCGGGCCGCGGAGCCCGCGCCGGCCAUGGCUCGCCCCGCCCCAGCCGCAGCCGCAGCCGGCCCCGCCGCCCGCCCUUUCCCACACACCGGCCCGGGGAGGUUGAGAACUGCGCGAGGAAAAGACACCCCAGUCUGCGGUGACGAGGAAUCCAGUGCCCGGAGUGCAGUUCGCCCAGCCCUGGCUCAGUGCCGAGCCCUUAGCGUGGACUGGACUGGCCCCGGGAGCCCUCACGGGCUCUACCUGACCGUGCAGCAGGCCCUUCGGGACAAGGGGUGCAGGAGCCACAGUCGGGGGACAAAAGAAGAGAAGCUCCCAAAGAGGCAGGCGCCAGCCCCCAGGCGGGCCCGGGAGGCCCCGGAAGCUGGCGGCGCCAUGAAUGUAGAGAAAACAGGUGGGCGGCUCUUUGGCAGCGGGAGGUGCUCGAGCCUGGCGGGGCCGCCAGGUGCGGCCCCCGUGGUGCAUAGGAUGGUGGAGGCCAUGUCCCAGCUACGGGAGGAGAAAGCCCAGCUUCAGGAGGAGCUGGCGGCCCUACAGGAGCAGCUGGUCCUCCGCGACAGUGACCAGCAAGCCACAUCCGCCCAGCUGCAGAGCCAGGUGGAGAACCUGAAGGAGAAGCUGCUGAGCCAGGCCCAGGAAGUGAGCCGACUCCGGGCGGAGCUGGGGGGCACCGACCUGGAGAAGCACCGGGACCUGCUGAUGGUGGAGAAUGAGCGGCUGAGGCAGGAGAUGCGGCGCUGCGAGGCGGAGCUGCAGGACCUGCGGGCCACGCCGGCCGCCCCCUGCCCGGGCUGCGAGCACAGCCAGGAGAGUGCCCAGCUCCGGGACAAGCUGUCACAGCUGCAGCUGGAGGUGGCGGAGAACAAAGGCAUGCUGUCCGAGCUGAACCUGGAGGUGCAGCAGAAGACCGACCGGCUGGCCGAGGUGGAGCUGCGGCUCAAGGACUGCCUGGCCGAGAAGGCGCAGGAGGAGGAGCGGCUCAGCCGGCGCCUGCGCGACAGCCACGAGACCAUCGCCAGCCUGCGGGCCCAGUCCCCGCCUGUCAAGUAUGUCAUCAAGACGAUAGAGGUGGAGUCGCCCAAGACCAAGCAGGCCCUCAGCGAGUCGCAGGCCCGGAACCAGCACCUGCAGGAGCAGGUGGCCAUGCAGAGGCAGGUGCUGAAGGAGAUGGAGCAGCAGCUGCAGAGCUCGCACCAGCUGACCAUGCAGCUCCGGGCGCAGAUCGCCAUGUACGAGUCGGAGCUGGAGCGGGCACACGGGCAGAUGCUGGAGGAGAUGCAGUCCCUGGAGGAGGAUAAGAACCGCGCCAUCGAGGAGGCCUUCGCCAGAGCCCAGGUGGAGAUGAAGGCCGUGCACGAGAACCUGGCAGGCGUCCGCACCAACCUGCUGACGCUGCAGCCCGCGCUGCGGACGCUCACCAACGACUACAACGGGCUCAAGCGGCAGGUGCGCAGCUUCCCGCUGCUGCUGCAGGAGGCCCUCAGGGGCGUCAAGGCCGAGAUCGGCCAGGCCAUCGAGGAGGUCAACAGCAACAACCAGGAGCUGCUGCGCAAGUACCGCCGGGAGCUGCAGCUGCGCAAGAAGUGCCACAACGAGCUCGUGCGGCUCAAAGGGAACAUCCGGGUCAUCGCUCGUGUCCGGCCAGUCACCAAAGAAGACGGGGAAGGCCCCGAGGCCGCCAACGCCGUGACCUUCGACCCCGACGACGACUCCAUCGUCCACCUGCUGCACAAGGGCAAGCCUGUGUCCUUCGAGCUGGACAAGGUCUUCUCCCCGCGGGCGUCGCAGCAGGAUGUGUUCCAGGAGGUCCAGGCCCUGAUCACCUCCUGCAUCGACGGCUUCAAUGUCUGCAUCUUCGCCUACGGCCAGACGGGCGCUGGCAAGACAUACACGAUGGAGGGGACCCAUGAGAACCCGGGCAUCAACCAGCGGGCCCUGCAGCUGCUCUUCUCUGAGGUCCAGGAGAAGGCGUCCGACUGGGAGUACACCAUCACCGUCAGCGCGGCCGAGAUCUACAACGAGGUCCUCAGGGACCUGCUGGGGAAGGAGCCUCAGGAGAAGCUAGAGAUCCGGCUGUGCCCAGACGGCAGCGGGCAGCUGUACGUGCCGGGGCUGACGGAGUUCCAGGUGCAGAGCGUGGACGACAUCAACAAGGUGUUCGAGUUCGGCCACACCAACCGCACGACGGAGUUCACCAACCUGAACGAGCACAGCUCCCGCUCGCACGCGCUGCUCAUCGUGACGGUGCGCGGCGUGGACUGCAGCACCGGCCUGCGCACCACGGGGAAGCUGAACCUGGUGGACCUGGCUGGCUCGGAGCGCGUGGGCAAGUCGGGGGCGGAGGGCAGCCGCCUGCGGGAGGCGCAGCACAUUAACAAGUCGCUGUCGGCCCUGGGGGACGUCAUCGCCGCCCUGCGCUCCCGCCAGGCCCACGUGCCCUUUCGCAACUCCAAGCUCACCUACCUGCUGCAGGACUCACUCAGCGGCGACAGCAAGACCCUCAUGGUGGUGCAGGUGUCCCCCGUGGAGAAGAACACCAGCGAGACGCUCUACUCCCUCAAGUUUGCGGAGCGGGUGCGCUCGGUGGAGCUGGGCCCCGGGCCGCGCCGGGCAGAGCUCGGGUCCUGGUCGAGCCAGGAGCAUCUGGAGUGGGAGCCAGCUUGCCAGACGCCGCAGCCCUCAGCACGAGCCCACUCGGCCCCCAGCUCUGGGUCCUCGAGCCGCCCUGGCUCCAUCCGCAGGAAGCUGCAGCCCUCAGCCUGACGGCUGGGGCCGCAGAGUCUCUAGGGAGGUCGAGGCCGGUGCCUGUGUGAUGGACGCGCCACCUACCGGGCCGGGACCUGGUCCCCGAGGCCUUGCUGGUCUGCUCGUGCUGCAGCGCCAGGACCCCAGAAGGUGGAGGCAAGAGUGGAGGCUCCUCUUCUGCCCUGUCUCCCCUCAGAGAUGAGAAACAUGUUCCGAAGGAAACAGUGGCUCUCGGCUGUGGCUCUGGGUGCAGAUGGCGUGGGCUGGAAGGGCAGGCCCGGGCCCUCAGCGAGAAAGCUGGGCCCUCGUGGGGAGGGCAGGAGUGUGUGGGAGGCGGGACUCUUGCCCAGGCUGGCCCGGCUCCCUUCCCCGGCCGGAAGAGCCGGGCGCCUUCCUAGGGUCGGACUCGGGAGCCUCCAGGCGGGCACAGGAGCCAUGGAACUGGGGCUGGUUGGUGGCACCAAGGGCAGCCCUGCCCACCACCGUCCCCUAAGGAGGGGACCCCACAGCUGGGCAUGUACAUAGUGUUUCUAGGUGUACAUAGGGCAUGGCCCUGCCGCCGUGGCCGGGCUGUAUUUAUGGCUGGCAGGAGGCCCGUGGGCGGGUCCCUGGUCUGCGGGCACCGGGCUCUCCUUGCCCACUGGCCUCUUGACGGUUCCCUCCCUCUGAAAUCCUAUUUAAGAACUUUUGGAAGUUAGCCAUUUUUACUUAUUAAAAUAAAAGCCUUUUACACAAGUA